AACUUUCCCAGUCAACUUAGAUCAAAGUGAUUUUGAAUAUUACAUUGAUAUGACAUUUAACAAUUUUCCAGAAGAUCUCAGAGCAAGAAUGAAGAAUUUAUAUCAGAAAACUCGUCAAAAUCCUAUAUCGGAAGAUAUCACAUUUGCCGAUUAUGAGAAUGGUACAGUAUCAGCGACACUGGUACAAAUUUUAUCUCAAAAGAACGAUCGUAAUGAAUUGGAAAUGCUUGUUGGCUCGGUUUCUCUUACUCGACGUCCAUCACAAGGUUCUUAUUUAUGUCGUUCACAUUGGGAAGAACAUAAAGAACAAGUAAAAACAGCUUUACAAUAUAUCUACGGAAAAGAAGCAGAAAAAGAACUAUCCUACGAAUAA